CGGCGGCGGCUCCGGUGGCGGCGGCGGCUUCGGCGCUUGGGCUCCACGCGGAGGAGGCGGCUGGCCGCGAUGGAGGGCGGCUGCGAGGGAGAGGGCGGCUGCGCGGGCGGCGAAGACUACGAGGCGUUCGUGGCGCUGCACGGGCCGGCGCUGCGGGCCUCGGCCGUCCCGGAGCGCUACUGGGGCCGCCUCCUGCACAAGCUGCACCGCGAGAUAUUCGAUGCCGGAGAGAUGUUUGGAAUCAUGCAAGUAGAGGAAGUUGAAGAAGAUGAGGAAGGUGAUGAAGAGAUGCAAGAAGAAUUGAAAAAGAAGCCAAAUCCAGGAAACGAACUCUGUUAUAAAGUAAUUGUGACCAAUGAAAAUGGGCUACGAGCAAAUGAUCCCAAUAGCAUAUAUCUUAUUGACCACGCCUGGACCUAUCGCAUAGAACAUGCCCGCCAGCAGCUGCUCCAAGUUCCGGGGCUGCUACACCGCAUGGCCAACUUGAUGGGGAUUGAAUUUCACGGGGAAAUUCCAGAUGAGGGCUCUGUGGAGCUUGUUUUGGAAGAAAUGUGGAAGUACAACCAGACUUACCAGCUCUCCCAAGGGUCUGCCGAGGAAAAGGUACCUGUGUGGUAUAUCAUGGAUGAAUUUGGAUCUAGAAUUCAGCACUCGGAUCACCCGAGCUUUGCGACAGCACCUUUAUUCUAUAUGCCUCAGCAGAUCGCCUACACGGUUCUUUGGCCCCUGAGAGAUCUUGAAACAGGCGAGGAGGUGACCCGGGACUUUGCCUAUGGAGAAAUGGACCAGCUCAUUCGGAAAUGUGUGUUGUUGCCGUGGGUCCCUGCCGACGUGUUGGAUGUCAGCUCCUCCACCCCCGAGCCGUCGGAAGAACACUACCAGGCCAUUUUAGAGGAAAACAAGGAGAAACUUCCUCUUGGGAUAAGUCCACCAAUUUAUCCCAAAGGUCAUAUAUUCAGGGUUUACACAGAUCUCCAGCAGGUGCUCAACAACCUUAAGCAUCCCCAGUUCCAGUUCACCAGCAUAGAGGCUGAGGCAGACAUCCUGUACAACUUCUCCCAUUUCAAAGAUUACAGGAAACUCAGUGAAGAAAGGCCUCACGUGAUGCUCAAUCAGUUUCCUUGUGAGAACCUCCUGACCGUGAAGGACUGCCUUGCCUCCAUCUCCAGGCGAGUAGGGGGCCCGGAGGGGCCCCGGUGGCUGCCCAGGACCUUCAACCUCCGCACAGAACUGCCCCAGUUCAUCAGCUACUUCCAGCAGCGAGAAAGAAGGGGAGAAGACAAUCAUUGGAUCUGCAAACCUUGGAACUUGGCUCGAAGCCUGGAUACUCAUGUCACUAACAGCCUCCACAAUAUCAUCCGGCUCCGGGAGAGUGCCCCGAAGGUGGUCUCCAAGUACAUAGAGAGUCCCGUCCUCUUCCACCGAGACGACGUGGGAAUGGUCAAGUUUGACAUCCGCUACAUCGUGCUGCUGCGCUCCGUCAGGCCCCUGAGGCUCUACACCUAUGACGUGUUCUGGCUGCGAUUCUCCAAUCGGGCUUUUGCGCUCGAUGAUUUGGAUGACUACGAGAAGCACUUUACCGUGAUGAACUAUGACCCCAACGUGCCUCUGAAGCAGGUUCACUACGAUGAGUUCAUUCCCCUGUUUGAGAAGCAGUACCCAGAAUACCCGUGGCAGGACGUGCAGGCUGAGAUCUUCAAGGCCUUCGCCGAGCUGUUCCAGGCGGCCACUUCCAAGCCUGCCCCCCUGGGGAUCUGCGACUACCCCUCGUCGCGAGCCGUGUACGCCAUUGACCUCAUGCUGAAGUGGGACCACUGCCCUGCAUCCAACAGCAGGAAGGUGAUGCAGCCCCAGAUCCUCGAGGUGAACUUCAACCCUGACUGCGAGAGAGCCUGCAAGUACCACCCGAACUUCUUCAAUGACGUCUUCAGCGCCUUGUUCCUGGAUGAGACCAAGAACUCUCAUGUGACCUGUAUCGUCUAGGUCCCUCGAGCCCCCUCCCCCCUUGUGCUUCCUUCCUAAUGGGCUUCAGGGUCUCUCCCUCUGAGCCUCCCUGCAGGCCGGCAGCCUGUGGGGGGGUUGGGAUCUAACAUGCUGGAUAGAGUUGGGCAACAUCCUCUAAUAGCCGGAGGGACAGGCCACCGACCGCUCCCGGUCACUGGUUGCAUCCAGUUUGCCUGGGGGGCAGGACCCUGGGUCCCUCUCAGCCACGGCCUGGGCAAGGAGGCCUGUGGGCCUGUCUUCUGUGGCCGGCACCAGGAAGCGCUUUGUCCAGCAACCUCCCCCUCCCCAAGGGGAAGCUCCAGGAACUGUCAGAUCUCCCAUUGUGUCAUCCCCCCUUAGCAAGAAGGAAACUCACCAGCAGUCUCACCAUCCUGUCCAGAUGCCUCCACAAAGAGGUCUGGAUGUUUGCCAAAGAACCUUUUCUUCUGGGGGACUUCGGGGUCCCUGUGCGGUGAUUUAGUCACCAAGCACUUUUCUUCACAAUUAUCAGAAAUUGUUGGGAGGGCUUGUAUUUCCAUUUUACAGAUGAGGAAACUGAUUCACAGGAGGGGAGGGGACUUAUCACACGUGACAGAGGGGCUCAGACAUCAACUCACACAACUAGCAUUUUUCCAGGAUUCAGGAGUGUAGCCAGACACACACUCGCGCUCACACGCACCAUGGUCUGGCUGGGCCGGCUCCCCUCGGUUUUCUCUAAGUCCUUUGUAAAAGGUCUAACGAUGGGGAAGAAGUUUUGUGGCUCUCAGUCUGAGAAAGGGGAGCGUAGUCCCAGGAGAACGGCCGUCCUGGUUUCCUGUCUGGCCUGAGCCCCUCCCUGGCUCCUGGAGGACAAAGCAGGUAAGAGGCGUGAAGGCUUUGUGGUCCCAUAUGGUGGCGACCCAUGGGAGAAUGGCCGCCGGGUUCUCCAAGGUGACGCCCCACCACCCUUGCUGAACCAUAGCCCAGGGAAGCUGCACUGCCUUCCUCGGCUGAGGCCUUCUGGAUGAACUAGGAUCAUUGAAUGUAUGGGACCCCUCCCCACUUAGGUUUCCUCUCCCAGAGAGCUGUUCUUUGCCAUGAUUCCUUUGCAGAUUUGUAAUCACAAUAAAGUGUUGCCUCCUA